AUGUCUACCCCCCACCACCUCGACGAAGACCGCUCGCGAGGGACUCGCUCAAUCGCAUUGAAUGGAUGGAUCAUUACGUCGGCGAAGCGGCCAAUCCUCUCCAUACCCGAGGCAGACGCUGCCAGCGACGCCCUCGACCUCGCCUUGCCCGAGAUCUGCUUUGGCAACAAUGCACUGUUGGUACGCCACGAGACGAGCGGCUUCGCGUUGGAAUGGAACAUGCUCGACAUGCUCAAGGCGGUCAAGAAGGGCGAGGGGUGGGACGCUCAGCCGGGCUCUGGCGCUGUGCGGGUUGCGCACGCCGAUGAGUGGUCGCGAGGGCAAGCGGCUUCCGGCUCGGCAGCUCGACUGAAAGUCCAGAAACCCUUCGACUGGACAUACACAACUCUGCAUCGAGGCACAAUGUCGCCUGCCUCGACUUCAGCCGUGCCUGCUCCGGCAGAAUGGCAAACUGCUCCUCCCUCCCAUUCCGGAAUCCCGCUUCCUCUUCUCGCACGCACCGACAUCCCGAUCCUGUUUUUCGACGAGAUCCCGUUAUUUGAAGAUGAACUGGGUGACAACGGCAUCGCAGAUGUGACCGUCCGAGUACGCGUCAACCACUUCUCCUUCUUCAUCCUCUCCCGCUUCUCACUAAGGAUAGACGGUGUCCUCUUCCGCCACUUCGACGUUCGCGUCUUUCACCGCUUCGGCACAGACGAGAUUAUCCGCGAAGUCAAAGGUCGCGAGGCGCCUUACGACGUCGUCAAGGCUCGCCUCGUCCCUUCCUCCGCCUCACGGAAUGGCUCAGCUGCAUCGGCACGAUCAGCACCCUCACCAACACCUCGAGCACCCAGCAUCUCGAUCCCUUCACGAACAGGCUUCGCCUCGCCCGCCGCCUCGUCCCCUCGCUCGCCCUUCUGCUCCUCUCCAUCGCCGUCACUUGAACCAGCAGAAGAUCUCACGCCUCUGACGGACAUCAACUGGGUUGCGGGGGUUCUUGAGGAGCUGGCUUUGGCGGAGGACAUGCAGCGAGGGUUGCGAUUGGGCGAGGCAGAAGCGCGAGCUGAGAAUGCGAAGCGGUGGGAGGGGCUGGGACGUCGGCUUGAAGUGCUUAAGGUGCCUUGGGCGGCAGGUUCUCCGGUAGACCCGUAA